UCACUCACUUAAUAAUUAUACAAAACAAAACAAAAAAUUAGUAAUUUAAGUUAAAUUAUAUAAUUAUAUACAAAAAAAAAAAACACAAUGGCAUGUAAUCCAUAAUCUCUCUAAUAUAACCUUAAAGAACAACAAAAUUUUAGUGUAGUUUAAAAAAAUCAAAAAGUUUUUAUAAUAUAAUUAUUUUGUUUUUGUAAAAAGUCUCUUUUUUUAGAAAAUCAAAUUUUUCCAAAAUUUUCUUUUCUAGAUGUUUGUUAAAUUUUAAUAAGUUUUCAUUCUUCCUUCCUAAUUUCUUUUGUUUGUAACAAAAUUUUGAGCUGUUUAUUUUCCUCUUGCUUUUGUAAACAAGAUUUUUUUUUAACAUUAGUUUAUAAACACAAUUGGUUAAAACCAAAAAAUAAAAAGUAAACCCACAACAAACAUUAAGGCAAACCUAUUGUUAAAUGCAUCUGUAAACUAUAAAUAUGUAUUUUAAAAUUAAUCUAAUUGUUAAUGUAGUCAUUAUUUUUGUAAAAUAAAGAAAAUAUAUAAAUAAUAAUAAUUUCAAAUAGAAAAAAAAAACUAAACAAUUGGAAUAUUUUUGGUUGCAAAUUAUUAUUUUUUUAUGGAUUUUUAUAAAUUUCUUUUUUCGAUUUUUUUUUUCGAAGAUGGUGUAAUGAUCCAAGAAAAGCCCCACCAAAAAAGUUAAAAGUCCACUUUUCCAUAAAAAAAGUUCUUUUUAUGAUUUCUCUCUAAAUGAGCUUAUAAUUCUUGAGCUUAAAGGUAUAAUAAAGACCAAGGUUUUUAUCUUUGUGGUCUUUAAUACACAUCAAGGUCUUUAUUAUACCUUUCACCACAAGAUGAGGGUAAAUUAGAUUAGAUUCUGUUUUAACAGAAUUUUUAACGGGUUUUAUUUUUUGGAAAUUGCCAAAUUUGCACCAAAUGGUGGAGGGUAUUAAAAGUUCGGCCCGGCCGAACUUACAGCUUUUUUACUUGUUUUGGCUUAAUUAAAAAAAAUGAAAAAUUUUGAUCUUUCCUGUGGAUUAUUUUUAUUUGGUCUUCUAGUUUUUAUACCCUACACCACAAGGUGGUCAGAGUAUUAUGUCUUUGUGCAUUUGUUUGUAACAGGCAGAAGGAAACGAGAUAGACCCAUAGUUCCUUUUGAUGAUCUGCAUAGAAUCAGUGAGUCGAUUUAUGCAUGUCCGUCCGUCCGUCUGUCCGUCUGUCCGUGUAUUUUUGUAAACAAAGUACAGGUCGCAUUUAUUGCCCGAUCCAGAUGAAAUUUUGCACAAAUCAUUUGUUUGGCCCAAGGACGAACCCUAUUGAAAUUGGAGAGAAUCGGUUCAGAUAUACUUCCCAUAUACAUAUAUUGUUCAUCCGAUUUGUUAUAUAUGUUUUCCACAGUUGUAAUAUGCACUCCGUAACAACGAUAUUCGGGAAAAUAUUUCAAAUAUCACUCAGAAAUACCUUUACCAAAUUUUAUCGAGAUUGGUUCAGAUUUGGAUAUAGUUUCCAUAUAUAUCUUUACUCGAUUUCAAGUUUAUUGCGGGUCAAAUGGUUAAUAUAGGUCCGAAUUGAAUGUAUUUUGGGACAUACGAACGAAUUCAGUCUGCACGCAAGUGUAUCAAAUUCGGUGAAAAAUCGGUUAAGAUAUAGCAAUAGGUCCCGUAUAUAUAUGUUUCAUCCGAUUUGGUAUUUAUGUCUCUUAUACCCGUAAAAUCCUCUUCACAACAGCGAAAUUUGGCCUCAGCUAUCAGAUGCAGCAUAUAAAUGCCUCUGCUAAAUUUUAUAGAAAACGGUUCAGAUUUGGAUAUAGCUCCCAUAUAUAUCUUCAUCCGAUUUCACGUAUAUUGUAGCUAAAAAUUGUAAUAUCAGCUCAUAUAAAUUUCUCAUUUUGAUACCGCCAAAAAGGAACCAAAGGAUUACAAUUUUUCGGAAAUAUAAAUUUCUCAUUUUGAUACCGGCAAAAAGGAAUCAAAGGAUUACAAUUUUUCGGAAUCAAAACUCAAAUAAAAUUUGAAAUUAGUCCCACAUCUCUUAUUGCUAUCAAUAUUAGAUCCCGUGAAAGGACAGGAUUUAACAGUCCACUUUUUAGGAGCCUGGCUCAUAUGCGGCCAAAUAAUUGCAUUACGCGUAAGUCAGAUGAUAAAAUAAUCAAAAAUUAUUGAACUUCAUAGUUUCGGCCCAUAUCUUUAAAUGCCCCAUAAAUCAAAUGCGAAAAUAAAAUUUAUUAUUUUUUGUGGAACGCCGCUAGAUAUCCUAAAUUCGUUUCCAAAUUUAGUUCUCAAUAUGUAAGCAUUACGGUAUUUUUUAUUUUUAAAUAAAAUGCCAGCAGGUGGAAAUAUGUCUCAUUUAAGACUUGAAAACACAAAUUUUUUAUCACUUUUUAAUAAAUGUGGCAGCGUGUCUACACCACUUUUUCAAGAGUUUUUUAUUUUUAUUUUGGUUUUGAAUUAUUUGUUUUCUAUUUUUUUUUUUCAUUUCAAAAAUCUUAAAAACCACUUUAUCCUAAAAAAUUUGCGUUAACAGAAGGACAAUCGAAGAAAUGAAUCAAAAUAAUGGUAAAAAAAUAAUAAAAAAUAUGUAUUUAAAUGAUUAUAUGUAAUAAAUAAAAUAUCCUUAAUAAAUUAUUAAUAUUUUAUAUACGAUAAAUAAUAAUUAUUAAAUUAAUAAACUCUUAAUUUAAUAAACAACGAAUGUAAUUUAUUUGCAAUUUGGCCUUUGUAAACAAACGUUGCCAGCCAUUGUUAUGUUGGCAAAAACCCAAAGCAUACUUUUAGGCGUUAGCAAUAAACUAACCAUUCAAGCAGCAAACUGUGACCAAACAAACCCCAUAAAAAACUGUAUUUAAUUAAAUUAAGCACUUAUUAAAGCAAGCAAAUUUAUGACCUCACAUACACAUACACAUGUAUGUAAGUGGGUGUAGGUAUGUAUGUUACACCUUCUAAAUAUGAAAAAAAAAAAAUACUGACAUUGUAAAUACGCAUUUAGCAAUUAGCGAACGAACGAACAAACAUGGCAAAUAAAUUUUUAUUUUUAGAAAUAAAACAAGAUUUUGGUGAUGUGUUUCAAUUGUUGGGAUGGAUGGGUGGAUGGCUCCAAAGGAGGUGGAAGAGGUAGUAUGGAAAAAUAUUCCAACAAGAUCUGACGUCAAGAUGUUUGUAUUUUUGGUGAUCUGAAUCGCCAAGGAUAAAAUUAGAUUUCAAUUGUUCUUCAAUGGAGAAUUUUCCUGGCUGCAGCUGAUGCAAGAAAAAAGAAAGUUGUUCGUUUUUGGGGGUUUCAAGAGUAGGAAGAAGAAAAAAACCAAAUCAUAUAAAAACUUCCGAACACAAGUGGAGAAUACAAGCAGUUCAACUGCAACCCGAGAAGUAGUAACAUGAAUAUUUUGGUGAUAUUUUUGGCAGGUUUGCUGGCCAUACAGGCAGCAACAGUGCCUUUAAACGUCACUCACACCGUCAGUACCCAGGUGCCAGCCAAUGUGUUGGCCGGCCAGAAGGAUAAUGUGGAAGUGCCAGCAGUUGUGAUGGAGGUCACCAAGGACAACAAAGUUGUUGAUCAGGCAGUUACAACUCCAGUGCCAAGUGUUGUCGAUGUGGUGAUGCCAACAAAACUGCCUUUACCGGUCACCACAAAACCAACGGCCAAGGUUACUGUCAAGCCAGGACUAUUCAUUAUCCCACCAACCUUGCCAACAGUGGUUGUAGAUCAUGUUGUCAAGCAAAGAUCUAUCGAUGAUGACAACCAUUGGGCUGGUGUUCAUUGGGGCGACGAUGAUGACUGGGAUAAUAAAAAUGAUAAUGGAAAGGAUGCAGGACAUAAUGCCAAUUGGAAUCUCAAAGGCAAUAAGCAUGGGAUGCAUAAGAGAUCCAGCGAUUGGAAUGAUCAUGGCAACUGGGGUCACAAGGAGUCGUGGCAUAGCAACGAUUGGAACAACCAUGAUGAUGGCCACCAAUGGGGUAACAAGGAUAACGAUGGCUGGAAUAACAAGGACGAUGAUCACCAUUGGCAUAAGCGGUCCGUAGGAGAUGAUGAUAAUGAUUCAGGACAUGAUGAUGGUCAUGGCAAUGAUGAUGGUCACAAGGACUCAGGUGACCAUGGGGACUCUGGAGACAAGGAUAACCAUGGAGAUGAUCAUGACAUGAAGAAGAGGUCUGCCGAUUGGGAUGACCAUGGCAACUGGGGUCACAAGGACACGUGGCAUAGCAACAGUUGGAACAACCAUGAUGAUGGCCACCAUUGGGGUAACAAUGAAAAUAAUGGCUGGAAUAACAAGGACGAUGAUCACCAUUGGCAUAAGCGGUCCGUAGGAGAUGAUGAUAAGGAUUCAGGACAUGAUGAUGGUCAUGGCAAUGAUGAUGGCCAUAAGGACUCAGGUGAUCAUGGGGAUUCCGGAGACAAGGAUAACCAUGGAGAUGAUCAUGACAUGAAGAAGAGGUCUGCAGAUUGGGAUGAUCAUGGCAACUGGGAUCACAAGGAUUCGUGGAACAACAACAAUUGGAACAACCAUGAUGAUGGCCACCAAUGGGGCAACAAGGAUAAUGAUGCUUGGAAUAACAAGGACGAUGAUCACCAUUGGCAUAAACGGUCCGUAGGAGAUGAUGACAAGGAUUCAGGACAUGGCAAUGAUGAUGGCCACAAGGACUCAGGUGACCAUGGUGACUCUGGAGACAAGGAUAACCAUGGAGAUGAUCAUGACAUGAAGAAGAGAUCUGCGGAUUGGGAUCACAUGGGUUCGUCGCACAACAACAAUUGGAACAACCAUGAUGAUGGCCACCAAUGGGGUAACAAGGAUAACGAUGGCUGGAAUAACAAGGGCGAUGAUCACCAUUGGCAUAAGAGGUCCGUAGGAGAUGAUGAUAAAGGUUCAGGACAUGAUGAUGGCCAUAAGGACUCGGGUGACCAUGGUGACUCCGGAGACAAGGAUAAUCAUGGAGAUGAUCAUGACAUGAAGAAGAGAUCUGCCAAUUGGGAUGAUCAUGGCAACUGGGGUCACAAGGAUUGGAACAGCCAUGAUGAUGGCCACCAAUGGGGCAACAAGGACAACGAUGGCUGGAACAACAAGGACGAUGAUCACCAUUGGCAUAAGCGGUCCGUAGGAGAUGAUGACAAGGAUUCAGGACAUGAUGAUGGUCAUGGAAAUGAUGAUGGCCACAAAGACUCAGGUCACCAUGGCGACUCUGGAGACAAGGAUAACCAUGGAGAUGAUCAUGACAUGAAGAAGAGAUCAGCCGAUUGGGACAACAACUGGGGUCACAAGGAUUCGUGGCAUAGCAACGACUGGAAUCACAAGGAUGAUGGCUACCAAUGGGGUAACAAGGACAACGAUGGCUGGAAUAACAAGGGCGAUGAUCACCAUUGGCAUAAGCGAUCCAUAGGAGAUGAUGAUAAAGAUUCAGGACAUGAUGAUGGCCACAAGGACUCAGGUGACCAUGGCGACUCCGGAGACAAGGAUAACCAUGGAGAUGAUCAUGACAUGAAGAAGAGGUCAGCCGAUUGGGAUGAUCAUGGCAACUGGGAUCACAAGGACACGUGGCAUAGCAACAAUUGGAACAACCAUGAUGAUGGCCACCAAUGGGGUAACAAAAAUAGCGAUGGCUGGAAUAACAAGGGAGAUGAUCAUCAUUGGCAUAAGCGGUCCGUAGGAGAUGAUGACAAGGAUAUAGGACAUGAUGAUGGUCAUGGUAAUGAUGAUGGCCACAUAGACUCAGGUGAUCAUGGCGACUCUGGAGACAAGGAUAUGCAUGGAGAUGAUCAUGACAUGAAGAAGAGAUCAGCCGAUUGGGACAACAACUGGGGUCACAAGGAUUCAGGGCAUAGCAACGAUUGGAGCCACCAUGAUGAUGGCCACCAAUGGGGUAACAAAAAUAGCGAUGGCUGGAAUAACAAGGACGAUGAUCAUCAUUGGCAUAAGCGGUCCAUAGGGGAUGAUGAUAAGGAUUCAGGACAUGAUGAUGGUCAUGGCAAUGAUGAUGGCAACUGGGGUCACAAGGACACGUGGAACAACCAAUGGGGUAACAAGGAUAACGAAGGCUGGAAUAGCAAGGACGAUGAUCACCAUUGGCAUAAGCGGUCGGUAGGAGAUGAUGAUAAGGAUUCAGGUCAUGAUAAUGGUCAUGGUGGCGAUGGUGAUGGCCACAAGGACUCAGGUGACCAUGGCGACUCCGGAGACAAGAAGGACCAUGGCGAUGAUGAUCAUAACAUGGAAAAACGCUCCCCCGGUGAGGGUUGGGAAAUACAUGACAAUUAUGUGGAACAUGACUACGGAUGGCAUCCAGAUUUUUAUCAUGUAGGCAAUUUUCCAGAUUCCUCAUCAUCGGAGGAAGAUACAUCUGAGGAAUCAUCCGAAGAAAACUCCUCUGAGGAAUUCUUUGCCAAGGAAACGGUGAUUUCCGAAGUCCUAAGUCAUCCACAUAUAAAAGAUGAAGUAACCGUGCCGCAUAUUACAACCCUACCACCACCCAUUACCACAGACACCCGGAAGUCCAACAAAAAUAUGACCACUGCCGAUGAACGUUUGAAGCGGGAAGUUGUGACUAAUACACCUGUGAUGUUAACAUCAACAAUGAAGUCGAUGACUACCAAAGUUCCCCCCACCACUGCUAUGCCCCUGGACGCUAAGGUGACGACAGCAAAAACGUCAGUAAGCAUCACUACCGGUAAGGCCGUCCAUCCACUGCUGCGAUCCAAAAUAGAUCCCUGCGAUUUGUUGUGCACCAAAUUUGAGCUGGAACCCAUUUGUGCCACCAACGGCAUUUGCAUCCAUGAAUUCCCCAAUCAGUGCAUCAUGGACGGCUAUAACUGCAAACAUCCCAAGGAGAAAUUCACCGCCACCAAAGAUGAUCGCUGUCUAAUGCACUGGUUGGAACAAUGCAAGGAUAGUGAUUUGAUUUGAGACGGAGAGAGAAAGAGUGAGAGAAGAGAGGAUUUUUGAGUUAAUCGUUGAGUUUUUUAUUCUUGUUGUAUUCGGAUUAAGAGA